AUGAUUUCACAUGCAAAAGGUGGGAAAAUUUCCCAGGUGUCACGUUAUGAGGAACUGCCAGAAGGGGCUGUACCUAUAUCACCAGAUGAUGUUUUGUUGUUUCAAUUGGAGCGUCUUAAAAAUUGGAAAAAUGGAUCUGAAGUAUGGCCUUUAACGAAAGGAGCUGGCAUAUGUGCGGCUAGUACAGUUGUUUCCGGUGUUCUGACCAACAACCAUUUCCGCAAGCAAUUCAACCUAAGGUAUUUUGGCCGGACCAGUGGCUACCUCAUGGUUGUUUGUGUACCUACCAUUGUUACCUUUCUUCUACAUACAACCCUUGUUACGAGGAGGAUUCUUGUUGCUGACUUUACUUGUCCUACUUGUCUGCUAACAAAAUCCUCCAUCUUACAAGCCCUCAAUGGGGCUGUCUACCCAAGUGUCAUCAGCCCGAUCAUGUGCAUCAUCCAAGCCAAAAAAUAUCUUACUUCUCCUAUCGAACCAACCAAAAGGAUAGGAGAUACUGUUAAGGUUAUAGCCCGGACGGCUAUUCCUUUUAAAGGCUUUAUUCUUUUGUCCAUCUUAUCCAAUAUGGCUGUCGGAAUGUAUAUAACACGGUUGGAAAUGGACACUUUCCUUAAUGUAUUAAUGAAAAAAGAUAAAAAUAAAGAGCUGGAAUAA